AUGUCCUUUCCAGCUCCUUCUCGCCAUGCUUUACCCCCCAAAUUCCCCAUUAUCUGGCAGGAUGAUGUCAGAUAUGAUCUUGCGCGAAUCGGGCGUGUUUUCAACCACCGCCGACCAUCACGGUACCCGAUUGCGGUGGUACAGCCGACCAACCAGGACCAUGUUGUCGAAGCUGUGCUCCUGGCCACGAAGCUUGGAUGCCGCAUAUCGAUCCGAUCUGGAGGCCAUAGCUGGGCUGCUUGGAGUGUCCGAGAUGAUGCCAUCCUGGUUGAUUUUGGAAAGUUUAACUACUUCCACGUGGAUGAUGCAACAGGGGUCGCGAGUGUGUCUCCAAAUAUGACCGGGAGGGUGAUUAACCAGCUUCUGGAGCCUCACGGGCGCUGGUUCCCUGGUGGCCACUGCCCAGACGUAGCAGUCGGAGGGUUUCUUUUACAGGGAGGCAUGGGGUGGAAUUGCAAGAAUUGGGGCUGGGCUUGCGAGAAAAUUGUUGCUAUCGACGUAGUGACAGCAGAGGGGAGAAAACUUCGAUGCGAUGAAAACCAGAAUACAGAUCUGUUCUGGGCAGCGCGAGGAGCUGGGCCAGGCUUCCCUGCUAUUGUUACGCGCUUCCAUUUGCAAACCUUGCCGCGAUAUUCGCAUGUGAGAGACUCUACAUUUGUCUAUGGAAAGGAAAACUAUCGGGCAGCUCUCAACUGGGUGAUAAAGCUCUCCCCUACUUUUGAUGCCGAUACCGAAAUUGCAGCUAUUGGCAGUUACGUCCCAGGACUCGAGGGUGUUCAAACCAUAGUCCGCUUUACCACCUUUAAGAAUAGCCAAGAAGAAGCAGAAACCGCACUGGAGCCCGCUCAUGCCUCUGCCCCUCCCGGCGCCAAUAUCACUGCACUGUGCACCGAAACCUCGUUGUCAGACCAGUACGACUUACAACACGCCGCAAACCCAGAGGGCCACAGGUAUCGAGUUGACAAUUGCUACAUAAGGAACGAUGCUGAUGUCGCCUCAGUCAUGGAAAAUGCUUUUGUGGACCUACCAACCAAGAAGAGCUUUUCGCUUUGGUACUCCAUGGCACCGUGUUCACGGAAAGAUCGUGACGGGGGCUCCGUGCAAAACAUGGCGCUAUCAAUGCAAUCGGACCAUUACUUUGCCGUUUACGCCGUUUGCGAAUCUCCCACGGGAGACAAAGAUUGUGCAGACUGGGUUCGCGGCAUCAUGGUCCCGGCUUCGAAACAAUCCCCAGGAGCAUAUCUGGGCGACGCUGACUUCCAGGAGCGUGUUUCGAUGUACUGGAAUAAUGAAAAUGCACAGAAUCUCAUUCAUGUUAUUAGCAAAUGGGACCCUCGAGGACUAAUUGCCGGCUAUCUUAACAAAGGCGAUACCGGUAGUGUCGAAGGGCUUCGUGGUAUGGUCAAGUCUAGCUGGAGCUCAAAUCUGGCAUGA